UAUUUGUAAAUUAAAAACAUUAUUAAAGAUAUUCUUUAAAUGUCUGGAGAAAAUUCUGUAAAGCGAGGGUCACAAUGUUGUGCAUUUGGUUGCAAUAAGAGAAAGUAUGGUGGUGGUAAAAGAAGUGAUAGCGAUGGACCUUCUGAUGAAGAAUCAUCACUAAAACGAAAAUUUCCUAGAACGUUUCAUAAAUUUCCUUCUAACACUGAAAAAAGAAAAGAAUGGAUCAACAGAAUACAUCGUCAAGAAUGGAGUCCAGGAGUUAGCAGUCUGAUAUGCUCUGAUCAUUUUUUGGAAAAGGAUAUUGACAGAACUGGACAAACAGUUAGGUUGAGGCAAAAUUCUUUGCCAAAAAGAUUUAAAAAUUUUCCAGACCACUUAAAAAAGACAACGAAAGAGAGAAAAAGUCCUACUGAAAGAUGUAUUUCUAAUUCUGAGAUAAGUGAUUCUGAAACUAGUAUUUUACCUAUCUGCAUGAAAUUUAGCUCUCCUAUAAAAACAUGUAAUUCCAUUUUAACACCAGAAAAACUGUUAACAGAUCGAAGAAUCAAGAUCAUUCAGUCUUUAAAAAAAAAGGUAAAAGCAGAGCAGCAAAAAUCUAGAAGAAUGAAAAAAUGUAUAACGUCUCUUAAAUCAGUCAUAAAAAUACUACAUCAAAAACACAAAAUAUCAUCAAAUUGUGAAGAAAUGCUAUCAAAAACAGUCCCCCUUGCUGUAGCCAGAAGAAUGAUAAAAGGAAAAAAUAACAAUAAGGGAUGUCAAUAUUCAGAAGAAAUUAAAUCGUUUGCACUUACCCUACAGUUUUAUUCAAGUAAAGUAUCUUCUAACAUACAAGUUAAGUCAAGACCACCUUGAGUUGUUUUUUGGCUCCAUCCGAGGAUCAGGAGGAUUUAACAAUAAUCCAACAGCACAACAAUUCACUGCUGCAUAUAAGCGACUUUUACUUCGAAGCCAUAUUGAAGGAGGCUCAGGGAAUUGUGAAAAACUAAACACUGCACAAAUUUUAAACAUCUUAGACGAUUCUGUUACAGUAAGCGAUGAGAGUAUAGAUAUAACCUCAAUUAGCAUAAUGAGAAAAUACGACCUUUCCGAAAGACCAGCUAAGCUAAUUGAUCACGAUUAUUCUUUUAUUUGUAAUAUUUCAUUGCUAACUGAGUAUAAAAAGGCAGCUAUUUCUUAUAUAUCAGGUUUCGUUGUUGGAAUGGUAAAAAAACAAAUAUUUUGUAUGUUAUGCUGUAAUGCACUUGGUUCUAAAAACCAUGUUCCAGAAUCUAAUUUUCUUAAAGUAAAAGAUAGUGGUGGCCUUAUAAAACCAAAAAAAGAUGUUAUUGUUGUUUGUGAAGAAACUGAAAAAAAAAUUGUGAGAAUGCUAGCAACAAUACCUGGAAAACUGCCACAUUCCAAGAACAUCCCAGAAGCUAUAUCUAUUUCAGUUUUAGAAGACUUAGGUUCUGAUAUAUUUAAAGAUUUGGAUGAACACAUGUUUGAUACUGGGAUUAAUGAAAAUCACGUGUUUAAGUUAAUUAAAAUAAUUUCUCACUGUUAUUGCAAAGUGAGACUAUACGAUCUUGGAAAACAAGCCACUGAGAAAGUGGCAGGAAAAAAUAUUCGAAAAAAAUUUAGUAAAUUAGUAUUAUUUAAUCACCAAUAAU